CGAGAGAAGCGGCCAAAAUCGACUUCUGCGUCUCGAAUUAGCCUGAAGGGGUCUUCAUAAUGUUCCAUAAUCCAAUUUACUGUACUUCGUUCCACGGAAAAGUACGGUUUGUAAUAAUUUUCCGGUAAAACAUUUAUGAAUCGAUCGAAAUUUUUCAAACUUUCACCUGCGCAUUCGAAAUAUUCUUUCGAAAACAUUCGAUUCGAAGCAGAGAAAAUUCGAAUUUGCGUUCGGAUCGUUAAAAACUUUUCGUAAUGCAUCAAUAUUUAGUGAUUCUACUUCUAAAAUCUUUUAUUUGUGAAAAUAUUGCUGACGUAGGAAUUAUUGAAUCAAGCAAUUAUCAGAUAAGAAACGUAAAAAGUGUCGAAUACAAAUUGACAUCUGCAGGUAUGCAACUAGUGAUAGAAGGAAAAAUCUAUAGAUUAACCCUACAAAAAGAGAAGUCGAAUUUGUUCGAAUCAGCUAAAAUAUUUAUCCACAGAGAAGAGAAAGUUGAAAUAUUGAGAGUUUCUAAUAUACCUCAAUCGUAUAUAUACGUGGGAAGCUUAGGUGGACCGAGUGGAGAAUUAAUUAUUGGUUAUUAUUUCGAAAAUAUGUUUAUAGGAAUUUUGAAGCAUGGUAAAAAAAUAUUUUACGUAGAGCCAAGAAACGAAUAUUUCCAUGACACGAAUGAUAAAAGUGGAAUUAUAUACGAGAUCAAAGAUGUUAUAUUGAAACCGUUUUAUCCAGAUGGAAGAAUGACAUGUGAGGCAAUGAGAACUGAAAGUCACCAUAAAAUGAAAUCUCCCGAAGAUUAUCAUUUUGAUUUCAAAAUGCCGAGCUAUAAUUUUUUAGUCAACAAUAACUUACGGAUAAGAUUGGUAAAACAAGAUUAUGAUUUAAUUCAUUUGAAAAGAUUCCAGCGUUGAGCGAUUUAUUCAUUAAAUACGAG